AUGGCGCUCUUGAAGUGCCUCAAAUGGAUCUCAAGGUCAAAGUCCCCCUUGAAUGGAGUGAUGGAUGACGUUGUGAACCGCUUUGGCGGCGGAGCUUUUGGAGACCUUGGAGUCAGUCAUUUACUAGCUUCUCGACAUCCUCUGCCUGCAGGGCUGAAGUCUCGGGCCGACAUCUUUGGUGCCUCGAGCGCGAGUGGCUAA